AUGAGUUACUGCGGCAACAGCACAGCCCUGGGAGAUUUUGACUCACAUGUGAUAGAGGUCAAGAGGGCGUUUAAUGUCACUGCCAAAGAGAGCAGGAAAAGAUCCAUCAGCUCUUUGGUUGCUGUGGGCAAUGGAAAUGGAGCAGCAGGGUUUGCACUGGGGAGAGCAGCAGACAAGAACACACUUAGAAAAGUAAGCAAAAAAAGAGCCAUGCAUUAUCUCUACUACACUGAGAGAUACAACAACCAUACCAGUGAAUCACACACUACUCUUUGUUAUGGUCUGCGUUGUCAUUGGGCGGUAAUCACUCUCUGUAAACUGAUUGGGAUUGAGGAUAUGUAUGCAAAAGUAGAUGGUUCAGUUCCCUUUCAUAGGUCACUUCAAUGCUGCGGUGACAUCACCGUAUGGGAACACCUCUUGGAAAACAUCUCGCGUUCUCAACAACAAUUAUACGAGCAGUGUUCAACUCCUCUUCGUGGACACGAUGAGUCACCGAAAGUGUAA